AUGCUUGCUAAAGCGACAAGGUGGUGGCAACCGUACCUUUUUGGUACAAGCGCGAGAAGCAUGGGUCUUUUCGAUCAUUUCCAAUCUCAACACGAAGAAGUCCACAAGGAGGGUCACGAAGGUCACCACGCCCACGAGGCUAUUGCCGGUGCUGCUACCUAUGAAGCUAUCAAGGCCUAUCAAGAGCACUGCGAGAAGGAGGGUAAGCCCACUGACCACGCUACUGCCAAGAAGGUCAUGGGUGGUCUCGCUGCUGCUGCUCUUACCAGACUCAUUGAAACCAAGGGUUUGGAUUACAUUGACAAGGUCAAGGCCGAAAAGGAAGUUGAGAAGCACGGUCAUGCCUACAUUGAUGAGACCCACUAA